AUGAAGCAAUUGGCCUGCUGGUCUGCGGAGGAUGUGGCCAAAAAGGCUCCAUCGGCUGCGAAGCAAGUGAAAUCGGAGAGGCUCUGUCUUGGUACGGUCGUAGUGCUCGGCAUUGUAAAUCGUGUCUGGAUAACGUACGUUAAUCACUUUGCGGAGCUGUUGACGAUGGAAACGUUCAAAGCGUGUGUAGCACGGAAUCGGUUAGGGCCCAAGUCCCGCAAUUGUAUAGCAGGAUCGGCAAGACGUAGCAGUUGUAGAGGCGAAGGCGCGUAG